AUGGAAUUACUAUUACAUGCACACGUUUUAGUAUCAUCUAAUUCCGAUGUCUUAAAGGAUGUCGAAUCCUCCAAUGCCCAAUAUGCAACUCAUUUGUUGAAUGGUAACAGUGAGCUGGUUAUACAGAGUAUAUUAAACCAAUUGAACCAACGUAUCGAUUUGUCUAAUGUCUCCAAUGCAGAUGAGAUGGUCUCUCUAACUAGAAGUUUCCUGAUGGAAUAUUUCAAAGAAAACACUACAUUAUCACUAUAUUUUGCAAUUGCUUUGCUUCAAUGUUUUAUUCAGAAUAAUUACACUGGUCCAUUUAUAGAUGUAGAUAUAUUUAGAUUAUUAUACUCAACACAACAAGAAGAGAUUUCAAUUUAUCAAAAAUAUUUAAUACAAUCAUUGACUAUCCUAGGUCAACCAGCAUAUGAAUUAUUGUCAAAUCCAGAAUGUUUAGUCCUAGCUUUACUUUUAUUGGAAAUUUUGACAGAUUCACAAACUCUUUUCAAUGAUCAGAACAAUACUGAUGACUUGAUCCUUCCAGAGAUUGUCCCAGGCUGUGAUGGUUUGUUAGCAAUUGCAAACUGGUGGAGAGCAAGAGCAUUAUUGGCUCAUUUAUCUGUCAUACCUGAACCAACGGGUAAUCAACCAUCUGUAGCAGCGGCAAUAAUGUCUACAAUUGAUAUUGCUCAUUCCAUUGUUAAUGCAUUACCUGUCGAGGUUGGAGAAGACUUCAAGAAGAAAAUAUAUACAAUUUAUUAUUUAGAGAACAUUAAGACAUCUCUGGCAAUUAAUACUGAACAUCUAUGCUUGCCAUCACUGACAAAAGUUAAAAAAUUAACAAAUUUUGAAUUUGUUCUGACUGGUGCUCGUGCAAAGAGAACUAAAUUCCAAGAGACAGGUCAUUCGGGUUUGAUUAUCUUAGCACACUCAUCGACACAAGAUGAAAGUAUUGAUGAUAGUGACCCUAAUAACCCUGAAAACUUUACAUUAGAGUCUGAUCUAUUAUUAGAAAAACCAAUAUUUGAUUCGAUUGGUUCUGAACCAUUAGAUGAACAAAUUAUUAAACGCCAAAAGAUCGACCCUGAAUCAGAAGAAAAUAAUGGAAUUGAUGAAGAUAGAAUUCUUCCAAUGGCUAUCCGUCAAGAAUAUAUACCGAAAUCUUUACAAGAUUUGAACCCUAAUGAACAGCCAACUUUAAGCAAUUUAGACGUUAUCCAAUUAUUACUUCGUGUAUAUGUAAUUCGUCAAACUUCUCCAGCUAGAGACCCACUGGUAGAGGAAGAAUUAUCUGCUAUCGUCUCAAGAAUCAUAUAUCAAAAGGGACAAGCUAAUUGGACACUAUUCUCAAGAUCACUUUGGGAGAGAUCUAUUCUUGAAACCAACAAAGCAAAGACCGUCGAAAGAGGUCUUCUUCAAAUGCAAUCUCUUGUAGAGGAACUAGGACUGAUGAUCCAAACAAGAAUGAUUCCACAGAGCCAAGACGAGGUCAACAACUGUAGCGCACCAAGAUUAAAAUACAUUUAUCAGUUACCAUUCAUGCCACGUUGGGAACUAGAUGCAAGAUUAGCUGAGAAAUAUAUGUCCUUGGGUGUUUUAAGAUCUGCCGUUGAAAUUUAUGAUAGAUUACAUAUGUGGUGUGAAGCUGCAUUAUGUUAUGCUGCUGUAGGUGAUGAAAAGCAAGCAGAAGAAAUUUUGACAAAGAGACUGACAGAUGCUCCUGAUGAUGCUCGUGCUUACUCAAUUUUGGGUGAUAUUAGACAGGAUCCUUCCUUGUGGGAGAAAAGUUGGUCCAUUGGUAAAUACGUUAAUGCAAAGAACUCGUUGGCUAGAUAUUAUUAUCGUCCACCUAAGGAAUCGGGUGUUGCUCAGGAUUUUGAUGUCGUAUUGGGACAUCUAAAUGAUUCAUUAAGACAAUACCCAUUAAGUUUCGAUACGUGGUACUUCUAUGGUUGUGUUGCUUUGGAGUGUGGAAAAUUAAACGUAGCAUCAGAGGCGUUUUCAAGAUGUGUUUCAUUGGAUGAUACACACUCCAUGGCAUGGUCCAACUUGAGUGCAUCAUACAUACAACAAGAUAAAUUGAAAGAAGCAUACAGUUGUUUGAAGAGAGCUGUUGGAUUCGAUUCUCAAAAGAAUUGGCGUAUAUGGGAGAAUUUCAUGAUUGUAUCAUUCCGUUUAAAUGAAUGGAAUGAUGUAUUGACAGCUUGUAAACAACUAGUGAGUAUUAAGAGAGAUAAACAAGGUGAAGGAUCUGUUGAUAUGCCAGUCGUUGAGAAAUUAGCUGAAUUACUUAUCAGUACAGAUUAUUCAGAAGAUAAACAAGAUUAUUUCCAAAGAAAUUCUAUUGAAUUCAUUUGCGUCACAUUACCAUCUUUGAUCACCACCAAUGAUAGACUAUGGAAGAUUGUCGCAAAAGUAGAGCUUUGGAGAAAGAGACCAUGGGCUUCCCUUGAUUGUCAUGAAAAGGCUUAUAGAGUAACAUUACAUAAUCCAGCUGUGGAUACAGAAGAGAUCGCCUGGAAUAACACUAUAGAUGCAUGUGAAGACUUAGUAGCAGCAUAUGAAUCUCUUGGUGAACGUGAAGGUAAAUAUGGUGCAGGAAGUGUUGUGUGUAAAGAUUGGAAGUAUAAAGCUCGUUCUACCAUUAAGGCAUUGAUAAGUAAAGGUAAAGGUAGAUGGGAUGGUACAGAUGGUUGGGAGAGAUUAAUGGAAAUUAGAUCUCAAUUAUAA